AUGCAAAUAUAUCAAAUCAUUCUAGCGAGCAUCCCAUUGAUGAUCAAUAGUGUUAGAGGACAGAUGACUAUUACAUCUUGCGAGACAUUACCAAGCAAUUACGCUGAAAGCACUCCUUACUCGUCCUCAACGACGAAUAUUUUAAAGAAUGGGGUAUCUAUGGUUGGUGUUUUCGAAUAUUAUAAGAGUGUGAAAUAUGUGAAUAAUUGUGGAGAAACAAUUCCAGGUCCAGGGAUAGGGACUGUUGCUGUAUUUUAA